AUGAGACCUAUUUUCGGAGGCUUCUCAGCACUUUUCAUCGAGAAAUUGCAGACUGUCGAAAACGCUUGUUCCUCUGCGCGCGCAGAUCCUGAUAGUUCCCUUGCCGACUUCACCCCUUCCAACCUGACGAGCUUCGUCUUCCGGGGACUGGGGAAGAAUGGCGUCGUGUCCGUCGCUCCCGGGGGAAGGAGAGCGGCCCUUAGCGUGGAAGUGUUCCCGGCACUCAAGUCCCUUGGCAUCACCUAUGUUCGCUUCGAGAUGGAGCCCUGCGGUGUGAACGAGCCCCACACCCACCCCCGCGCGACGGAGAUCCUGACCCUCGUUUCGGGGGGUCCCCUCCAAGUCGGCUUCGUAGACACCAAGAGCACCCCCCACAUCGACAUACUCUACCCCGGGGACGUGACCAUUUUCCCCCGGGGUUUGCUGCACUUCGAGGUCAACGUGGGAAAAAAGACGGCGCUCUUCUUCUCGGCCCUGAACUCUGAGAACCCGGGGACUCUGAUCCCCAAGCGUGCGCUCAUCGCCGCUCUCAAGACUGGCGCCAAGGAAGCCGACGAGCUGAAAGCAGCUAACCCGUCUGACGCCGGCGUGACCAAACUUUACAAGCUGGAUGCGGAGUUCUGUAGUCCCGGCAAGGACAUCACAGCAGAGUUCUGA